AUUCGUAUGCUUACGGCCACAACAUGGGCCUCUUCAACUACUACGCCUUCGGGCUCCCUUCAUUCGUCGUCCUCGUGAUCGCACUAUACCUUCUCUUCACUGACUCUGGAGAAGCAUUCAAUGUCGGAAGGUUCUUGGAGGAGUCAAGUCCUUAUGCGUGGGCGAGCACUGGUAUCGGGUUGUGUAUUGGGUUCAGUGUGCUUGGUGCCGGAUGGGGUAUCUUCGUGACGGGAGCUUCAAUUCUUGGUGGAGGUGUGAGGGCACCUCGGAUACGUACGAAGAAUUUGAUUAGUGUCAUUUUCUGCGAAGUCGUGGCCAUCUAUGGAGUGAUCAUGGGCAUCGUGUACUCCGCAAAACUUGAAGCCAUUUCCGAAGAGCUCCUCUACACUCGCGAGAACUACUUCACUGGCUACGCUCUUUUCUGGGGCGGUCUGACAGUCGGCAUCUGUAACCUCCUCUGCGGUGUCUCUGUAGGAAUCACUGGUUCGACCGCUGCUCUCGCCGACGCCGCCGACCCUGCUCUUUUCGUCAAGAUUCUCAUCGUCGAAGUCUUCGGUAGUAUCCUCGGGUUGUUCGGUCUCAUCGUUGGGUUGCUUAUGGUCGGAAGAGCAAGCGAGUUCCAGGGCGCCAAUCUCACAGCGGUCAACAGUACACUCACUGCACCUCUUUUCUGAUUCGCAUUCCGGGCACGCUUGACCUUCUGCGCCUAUCAGGGCUCAUUUGAACUCGACCGCUCGCCAUGAGUGAUCCACUCUGCUUACCUUUGGAUGGCGUACCAUACCUGAUGUUCUGCAUAACAGCACUUCGCAUCCCAAUAAUGGUCGUGUAUUUAAUACAACAGCAAGCAGUAAAUUCCUUCUACACGUCCGAACAAACAACCGUAUACGCGAGAACAUAAACAUAGUAAGGAUCAUAGUACAACAGUCCGGUAAUAUAGUCCGCAGAAAAGGGCAUAAUUUCACUUCCUACCUACAACGUGAAACAUCCUCAUAAAUCGUUCAUAAGUCUUUACAGCGAGAACAGAACACUUCAUAACGGUGAAAUGGAGGAUGAUGUCGAGUUAACGGCGAACAUUGGAGCUCUCUUCGAAAGGAUUCUCCAUGUACUCCAAUUCCUCUGACUCGUCGUCGCGCGAAGCGCUUCGUUCAACGGCCGGAGGUGCAUCGCGACCCACGAGGGAAACGGGACGUUUGGGCAAGAGACCUAUUCUCCCUGUGUCGAUAUUGCCAGAGUUGGUGGUCGGAGGUGGUGGAGUGCUACCCGUGUCGACGAGAUCAUAUCCUGUGACGUUAUGCGCAGGGGCAGGUUGAGCAUUCGCAGGGGGUGAUGUGGGUGUGGGCAUUGAUGAGCUGUGGGUACUGGGCGGAAUGUUGGAGUAAGUAUUCACGUCAUUAGACGUAGAACGCCUGCUCUCGUAGGGCGCGUUGUUGGAGGCGUAGUACGCCUGUUGCGAGUGGCGGUCGAGACCUGAUGGGGAUCCGCCGGAAGGUGCGCCCCAUGAGGGCUGAGUACCAGUCUGAGAGGACCCUUGUCCGUUGUUUCUCGACUGGUCGAACUCCUGUACCUUCGCCUUCACCUUGGAGACAAUGGAGGUGAAUGUGCGCUUCCCGGAUUCCGCAAUCUUGUUAAACUGCUCCUGCACAUCCGUCAUUGUAUCCCUCUGCAUCCCCGGCGCACCCUGAUUAGGAGACUGCUGCUGUUGCCUCGAUCCUGUUUGAGGAGCCCAUCCGUACUGGUCUGUCUGACCAUGUUGUGCACGGCUCUGCUGCCGCAUCUGUUCCCGCCGAUGCAUAUCCUCCUCCUCGAGCAUCAGUUGACGAGCGAAGUCCUCAUCCAGCUCUGUUUGAGAACGAGGUCUUGCAGUUUCAGGUUCUUGUGGUCUUUCGGUAGGGACGUAGUCUGGGUCCGUCAUACCCAGCAAAGCAUCCACCGCCCGAUCCUGAUCUCCCCCGACCGAGUCCAACACAUUCUGUAAAAACUCAGCAUCAAAGUCUGGGAACAUAGCAUGAAGCGUAGCGAUUCUGGGAUCCGCAAACUCAUCAUCAUGAUUCUCCUGUGGUCGCUGAGGCAGCUGAGGGGUGCCCUGCCCUUGUUGCGUAGGCCCACUAUUCUGAGCGGUGGGAGGUGGGCCUGAAGGAGGCGCGUAUGUCGCUUCCGCUGUCGAAGAUUGGGGAGAUGUCGUUGUAGCGUGAGUCGGGUUAUCGAAUGGAUCUAGAGAGGCAUGCUGGGGUUCCUGCGGGGGUGGAGACAUCGGCAGUGGAAUACCUGCUGGGUUGGACGGUACACCAACAGGGGUAACGCUGCUCGAAGUAU